AUGUCUGAAAGAUCAGUCUUACCCUCUGAUUAUUAUGAAUUAAAGCAUGUCAAAGCCAUAGCUUAUACACAAACUUCAAAUAUCAAGAAAGGAAGAACCAUCCUAUUUCAUAAUAGGGAUGAAGCAGAGAAUGAUUUAAACAAAUGCAAUCUCAGCUGUGAUUGCUCAGAAUGUGGAUAAUUAAUUGGAUUCUCCUUGAAAGUACAUAGAGAAUUACCUCUAAAAGAAACAAGGUAUUGAAUCAUAUAUUUUUUCAGAAAUCAAAAGAAAAAAAAAAUCUUGAGGAGAUUUAAAGCUGUAGGAAAUGCCAUCAUUUUUAUUCUUAUGUACAAAAUGGAAGCUAUUAAAAAAAUGAAAAAGAAAAUGCAUCUCCUUAAAGCAGUUCGAAACCUAACUGUACGAAGACCUGCUCUUCCACAAUAAAUGCAAUUAUUACCAGUUUAAUAAUCAAUUAAAAUACCAUAAAGGUGAGUACAAUAAAUUAUACAUUCCUAGUCGUGAUGAAGAAUUCGAAGAAACAGUGUCUAUUCAUCCCUUCUAACCUUUCUAGAAGGGACCAAGAUAAAACAAGAUAUCUAUCUAUAUGCAAAGGAUGUUAAAGGAUGUAUAACCUAAAAAAGAAGUUAUAUUGAAGCCAUUAAAUAUUUUGAAUAAUGCUCUUGGCAAAGGAAACAAGAAGAGACACGUUAAAUGCAAUUCUGAAUCAUCUUUAACUCAGUUUAAUUGUUAAACUUAAUUCAAACCUUCUUGUGAAACUAAUAGAACAUACGCAACUAAUUUUUAUUAGAGUAACAAGAAAGAUAUUUUAAAAUUGAUAGACAUUAUGAAGGUGAAACACAGAGUAAUUAGAGUAAAAAAAUGA